CCAGGCCCACCUCCUGGUCAGCUGGACGUACAGCACAGGCUGUAACCGCCUCUACAGUGACAUGAUCAGACUGAAUCCGUCUCCUCCUCCUCCAUUGGUAUCUGAGGAGCCAUCGCCAUCCUCACCCAGCCCAGUCCACAAUGACCAGUGGGACCAGGAGGCUGAUAGGGCCUGUUGUCUCAACCCUGUCCACUACGACCUUGAGGCCAAACUGGGAUCGAGCCGAGGCGGGUACACUGACCAUCUCCCGGCCCACUUCGUCUGCCAGGUCUCCAAUGAGGGCUCUGAGGGCUACCAGGUCUCUGAGGGCUACCAGGUCUCUGAGGGCUACCAGGUCUCUGAGGGCUACCAGGGCUACCAGGUCUCUGAGGGCUACCAGUAUGUCUAAGACCCCAUCCACCACGUCUGCAGCCUCUGUAACCUCGGCAACGUCUGCAGCCUCUGUAACCUCGGCAACGUCUGCAGCCUCUACAGACAGCAAAGGUGGUAAAUCCUCCCAGAAGUCCUCAGCCUCGGGUUCGGAGUCGACUCCCAAGAAGGUGUCUAAGAAAGAGCAGAAGAGACAGGACAUGGAGAAGAUACACACCACCCUACUCUGCAGCGUGUUUGGAGCAGAGAGAGAGUUGGCUCAAGCUGAGUUGGAUGAGCUGGACUUUGCCUUCAAGGAGUUUGACUACGACUGCGACGGCUACCUGAACUACAAGGACGUGGCAGAGUGUAUGAGGACCAUGGGCUACAUGCCCACUGAGAUGGAGCUUCUGGAAAUAGUACAACAGAUUAAGAUGAGGAUGGGUGGUCUGAUGGACUUUGAUGACUUCUGUGAGCUAAUGGGUCCCAGGAUAAUGGGGGAGACUGUUGACAUGCUGGGGCUGAAGGAGCUCAGAUCAGCCUUCUCUCAGUUUGACCAAGACUGUGAUGGGAAAAUCAGUCAGGAUGAGAUGAAGGAAGCGGUGAAGUGUUUUCUGGGGGAGAAACUGAAGAAAGGAGAGCUGGAAGAUAUCCUUAAGGAGAUUGACAUCAAUGGAGAUGGAAGCGUCGACUUUGACGAGUUCGUCAUGAUUCUGUCCAUUCGAUAAGCGCUGGAAGACCUGAGAGGACGCUAUCGCUUUAAUGAAUCUUGUUAGACUAAGACGAGAUAACAUUGUAUGUGUGCAUCUGUGUGUACUACUACACAUGUACUACCAUUUAAAAGUUUGGGGUCACUUAGAAAUGUACUUGUUUUUGAAAGAAAAGCAAUUUUUUUGUCCAUUAAAAUAACAUGAAAUUGAUCAGAAAUACAGUGUAGACAUUGUUGAUGUUGUAAAUGACUAUUGUAGUUGGAAACAGCUGAUUUUUAAUGGAAUAUCUACAUAGGCGUACAAAGGCCCACUAUCAGCAACCAUCACUCCUGUGUUCCAAUGGCACAUUGUGUUAGCUAAUCCAAGUUUGUCAUUUUAAAAGGCUAAUUGAUCAUUAGAAAAACCUUUUGUAAUUAUGUUAGCACAGCUGAAAACUUUUGUUUUGAUUAAAGAAGCAAUACAAUUGGCCUUCUUUAGACUAGUUGAGUAUCUGGAGCAUCAGCAUUUGUGGGUUCAAUUACAGGCACAGAAUGGCCAGAAACAAUAACUUUCAUCUGAAACUCUUCAGUCUAUUCUUGUUCUGAGAAAUGAAGGCUAUUCCAUCCAUCCAUCCUCUGUUCCUCCCAACGUCUCCUCUAUACCCAGUCACUGAGAAAAGACAUGAAGGUGUGCACGUUGGGAAAGAGUAUGAACUGUAAUGUAUUUGGGUUAUUUAUCUAUUUAUUGACACUGAUGUGAUAUGACAUGUAGAUAAGUUACCAUAUUGCCAUUUUAAUAAAGACUUUGAAUUUCAUUAUGAGUGACAA